AAUAUUUGUACUUUUUAUGCUACUUGAUUUAUUCAUCUCUGUUAACGGAGGAAUCUGGUGAUAACAAGAUUCGGGGAGGGUUGCUGGAACUUGUGGUGGACGAUGACGGCGGACGACGGAGUAUGGGUGGUGAUUUUGGUUUUGGCUGAGAUCGUUUGGGGGAUUAGGGUUUUCUCACAAGAUCGAAGGAGUAUUCGCUCUUGCAAGGGUUGCGACCUCCCCCCAAACAAUGUGCCUACGUACCCUAUUUAUAGGGAUCAAGCCAGACGUAGUUCUUGGGGAACAAGUAACCUAAUCAGAAUAGGUUUCUCAUUCCUUGGUUCCAGCGAUGGGCCACCGCCUGAGAUCAGACGGACGUGGGCUUCUGGAGCCCAGCCUCCUCCGAGGAGCAUGGAACUAGGUGGGCUGACCAGCACUAGCCCACGUGGACCUCCUCAGACUCAGCUGUAUGGGCUAGCCCUCCGUCCUCUCUUAGGGCGAGGCUGAUGGUGGACCUGGGCCCAGAUAAAACAAUAAUAAUCAGGCCUGAGAAGCAGGCGUAUCUGGUCCAUUCCGCACUGGGCGAGGAAGAAGCGUAUUGGGCGAGGACUCAAUAGCUGAGGACGAGGACCCCAUCGAAGACCUGGGCCGCGUGACUUGACCCACAUUAAGGGCGAGAUUCCAUAUCGGGCGAGAACUUGGCUGAAGACGGGGUCUUACCUGAUGCCGGGCCUUGUGCCCUGGACCAUGCUGAUGGCGAGGAAGGUAAGCAUUAGGCGAGGCCUCAUCACAGAGGGCGAGGACUCCUUGAAGACGGGCCGCCAGUCAUUGGGCCGCGAGGCCGACACAUGCCUAUGACGAAGGUCCACACUGGGCGAGGACCCUUACUGGGCGAGGACCCUUCUGCUGACCCGGGUCCAUCUGUUGCUGGUCCUCACUUCCUGGGCCACAUAGAUGGCGAGGUCCACGUAAUGGGCGAGGACGAUCCCGGAGAUCGGUCCUUUCCUUGAAUUAAGGCGAGAUUUAUGCAAUCAUCUUCCGAGUUGAUAUUUGGCCAUAACAACUACCCCCCAAGCCCUUGAAGCAUAAGUGCGAAAGGGUUUAAAGAAGCUUCAGGCGAGGAAGAUGGUUAGUUGGCUGGUUUCCUGUAAUAGUACUCUGGCGAGCUCCAUCCUUGGGCGAGGACUCCAUCAAAGAGCCAAGUCAUUUAGAUAAUCAAGUAUCACAUUCCGGACAUGACUCCAGGAGAGGACUCAUUGAAGGCGAGGAUGGUAUAAGUCUUCCACUCCGGUUAGCUAAUUGCUAGAAUCAGCAACGGGCGAGGACGCCCCUCAAGCGAGGACUCCGUUAAGGGGUGAGCUGAAGGUGAGGCUUAGCUGAGCGAGACGAUCAGUUGAGUGAAAAGAUGGUCAACAGCUGAGUGAGAGGACGAUCGAUAGUUGAGUGAGAGGACGAUCAUCAGCUGCGGUAGACGAAGCUCAUCAGCUGAGUGAGAGGAUGAUCAUCUGCUGAGGGCGAGGACGAUCAUCAGCUGAGGUAGACGAAGCUCAUCGGCUGAGGGAGAGGACGAUCAUCUGCUGAGGGCGAGGAUGAUCAUCAGCCGAGGUAGACGAAGCUCAUCAGCUGAGUGAGAGGAUGAUCAUCUGCUGAGGGCGAGGACGAUCAUCAGCUGAGGUAGACGAAGCUCAUCGGCUGAGGGAGAGGACGAUCAUCUGCUGAGGGCGAGGAUGAUCAUCAGCCGAGGUAGACGAAGCUCAUCAGCUGAGUGAGAGGACGAUCAUCUGCUGAGGGCGAGGAUGAUCAUCAGCUGAGGUAGACGAAGCUUAUCAGCUAAGGGAGAGGACGAUCAUCUGCUGAGGGCGAGGACGAUCAUCAGCUCAGGACGAAGCUUAUCAGCUGAGGUAGACGACGAUCAUCAGCUGAGGGAGAGGACGAUCAUCUGCUGAGGGCGAGGACGAUCAUCAGCUCAGGACGAGCUUAUCAGCUGAGGUAGAUGACGAUCAUCGGCUGAGCGAGAGGACGAUCAUCUGCUGAGGGCGAGGAUGAUCAUCUGCUGAGGUAGACGAAGCUUAUCAGCUGAGUGAGACGACGAUCAUCUGCUGAGGGCGAGGACGAUCAUCAGCUGAGUGAGAGGACGAUCAUCUGCUGAGGGCGAGGACGAUCAUCAGCUGAGGUAGACGAAGCUCAUCAGCUGAGGUAGACGACGAUCAUCAAAUGAGUGAGAGGACAAUCACCCGCUGAGGUAGACGUUAUCUUCGAAGGAUGACGCAAAAUUUGGCUAUAACGACAACCCCCCAGUUCCUUGUAACAUAAGUGCGGAAAAAAAAGCAUCGGGCGAGGAAGAUGGUAAGUGCUCGCCUGUUGUUGCUCGUCAUAUAUCAAAAUUUUCGUCUUGGCUCAGAGAUUCUUGCAAAAAUGGUGGAAAAAUCACAUUGGCUACACAAGAGACGCCAGCAGAAUUCAAAAGUCCUGCCUCGAAGCGUGAGAAAACUGGCCAUUCGGGGCGUGCCACGUGGCUUUGAUGUCAGUAAUUAUCCCGCCUCUUCCUUCCUCUAUAUAAGAGCAGCUCUUUUCACUCCAAAAGUAUACACACGAAGUGCUGCUGGAUUAUUCUCCUGAAUUGGUAGCAUCAGGCGACGCUUUUCUCAAAGCCUCGCACCUUCUACCGCUUUCAGAAAUUGCAGGUACGCAUGUUCUCUUUCUUCCUUUUCAAAUUCAAUUUUAUUUGUCCACGUAGGCACCUAGGGUUUCCCAAUUAUUAACAUAAGCGUCGCUCGCAAGAGUUAGAGUAAUUGCAGGCGAAGGCUCUGUCAAAUCGAUAACAUGCUUGCUUAGGGCGAGGACCUGUUACCAACGUCGUCGCCCUUCAUGACUUUAUUUUCUCUUUUCUUCCUUAUCUGUAGCCCCAUACUAAAUAUCACCAUUGAUUCCUUCCCCGCAUUGAUUCCUUCCCCGCCAUCUUUCUUUCAGAUGACGAACUCUCAACAAUCUCCUCCCAACGCUAAUGCUCAGGUCGAUUCGUGGUCAUCUCUUGACGUCGACCCAAAAGCUGGCCACGUCUUAGAUCAGGCGUGGCUGAGGGCUCAUCAGGACGGGGCCGGUCCUUCUCGCCGGCCAGAUCCACUCGAAGUUCUCAGCAUCUCCUCGAGCGACGAAGAUAGUGUGUACAAUCCCCAGAUGGAUGACGAUUCUCCGGAUUCCCUCUUCAAAAACCUCGAACGUUCCGGUCAUUCUCGCCCCCUCUUGGGAGUUGGCAAGGGGAAGCAGCUUCAAAUGGUCAGAGAUGCCUAUGCUGAUCACUCAAAUGGCGAGGAAGACAUAAAGGGCGAGGACAAUAAUGAAACUGAAACUGGGGAAUCAAGCCGUAGUAAACACUUAUCUGAGGGCGAGGAUGAUGCAAACGCUAUAUCUGCCUCGCCAAUUCGUUAUGAGAUGGAAUGCCCCUCGCCUGCUAACAACCCUUUUGUUCCAGAGACCUUCAAUCACGACUAUGACUUUGACUUUGACGAAGACGUCCCAGAGAAAGAGAGGAAUCGACAGCGCCAUGUCAAUAAGACAGUAACCUGUGCGGGACUCUCUUCGCAAAUUUCCUCGGACGAAAUAAUGUGGAUGAUUGAGUACUACAAUUUCCAAGGCAAGUGGUAUAGGCCUCGCCGCUUCAUGAGGAUGCACAGGUUCAAUUUUGACGGUCUCCCAUGUCCUCGCAUGGUGGUAACUAAUAAGCUUGCGGAGCUGGGUUUCGGAUGGCCUAUGCACCCGUGGUUGCUAAAGUUGGCAAACCAUUAUGACGUCGCCCCAAUCCAAGUCGGUCCCAACAGCUGGAGGCUUGCCAUAGGUAUCUACAUAGUGUAUCGCCGCCUUGGGUUUCCCGAACCCUCAAUGCUUGAGAUGGAUCACUUUCUCUCGUUGAGGAAGACAGGCGACGAUUAUGGCUUUUUCUAUCUAACGCUCCAUCCUUGCCAUCACAAGAAAGGCUUCUCCGUUGGAAAUCCUAGCAACAUGAAAUUCUGGAAGCCGGAUUACUUCUACUUCUACGACAUUCCUCGCCAAAGGGUGUCUUUUAAUCUUGACCCUUAUAAACCUCAACAAACCGACCUCGAGGGCGAGCUCUUGACUCGUGCCCAGGCUGUUGACAAUCUUGAUGCCGCCCAGAAGAAGCUCGACGAGAUCGUUACUCCGGAAUCGCUUCGCGAAUAUGGCUUUUAUAACAAGGGUUUUGGCCAAGUCCCUUUGAUAAAAUUCGACAAGAGGAAUCGGUCGAAGAAAGCUCUAGAGUGCCUUAAAAAGUCGUUAGCGUCCUUGACUGGUAAAGGGAAGAUGGCCGAACUGCCUUUUGGUAAUAACCCUUUUGCUGGAAGGCAAGUCCCCGUUUCUCAGCCUCGCCCCACCAUCUCUGUGAAUGCCACUCCUACUCCUCGCCGGAACCAGACCCCUCCACCUGAGAAAGAAUUGAGGGCGAGGAACAAGCAAAAACGGGGGAACGAAGACGAAGUUGCAGCCUCAAAAAAGAAACCAAGAAAGGGCGAGGAGUCGACCCCCUCUGUUGUGUCUGUCGCCUUCAGUGUUUUGGCCGAAGACAACUAUGAUGCUGUGGACGUCAAAGUCUGGUCGUCAAAGAAAGCUGAUGAAGCUGAACAUGGCUUCAAGUUAGGAUUGGGCGAGGCGUUUUUUCAGGGACUCAACGUCCUUGCCGCCAAAAAUGCUCACAUAGCAGAGCUGGAAAAGGCGAACACGAAGCUAAAGAGCGAGGCAACAACGUCCGCGAAUCGUCUGAAAGACCUCCAGAAGAAAUACAAAGAUGAUAUCAAGACAAGGGAUGCCCAGAUCAGGAAUGUUCAGGAUACCCUCAAUGAACUCACUGAGUCCUCAACUUCAGCCGCCAACCUCGCCAACUCUACCAUCGCAGGUCUCCAGUAUGAGCUUGAGGGCGAGAAAGCCUCCAAAUCCAAGGAGCUGAGCGACGCAUACCGCCUUGGGUUCUCGGAAUAUCUUAUCAAUUUCUUGGCUGCGGACCCUGACUACGACUGGACGACGUUCUUCGCCCCUUCUACUCCUGCUUUCAUGGUGGGCUUCAAAGAGGCUAAUGCUACCGCCAUUGAGAAGGCGAGGAAGGAUCUUGAGGCGAAGAUCCUUUCAGAGAAGGAGGCGUUUGCCAAGAAAGGUGGCGAGACCACACAGGGCGAGGCAGGAGACAAGGGCGACGGUGAGGCCACCACCACUGAGUAGCAGAAGGAAUGAACUUUUUAUUUUGAACAGUCUUAAGUACAUUUGGAGUGCGAGCCCUCCGUAAUUGGCCUUGCCAGUUGUAUUUGAAUUCUAACUCUUUUGCUGUUGUAGUCUUGUGCUUUUAAUUUA